AGGACCGGGAAUCGGAAGUCAGACAAUCGUCGUUGAGGCAGCCGACGCCAUGAGCAAAGAAAAAGCCGAUAAGUCAGCCCCGGUCGUGAACGGCAUGAAGCCGGAAGACGCUGAAAAAGCUCGCCUGAAAGCAGAGCGAAAAGCUGCUUUCGAAGCGAAAAGAGCCGCAGAGCAGGCCGCCGAUAAAGAUGGGGCUGGCAAGGAGAACAAGAAGGAGUUGACGAAAGCUGAGCGGCGCGCCAUACAGGAAGCUCAGAGAGCGAAGAAAGCCCAAGAGAAAAAGGGUCCCGCCGACUCGAAAGACGUCAAGGCAGAAGAGAAACCAGCGGCGAAGUCUGGGUCUACCUCAGAUUCGCCAUCGAAGCCAGAAGAGAGCCCUUUGGGGAAGAAGAAAGAUAUGCCGACCAAGAAAGUGUCUUUCGCCGACAUGAAAUUCGCUGCGAAUCCCUUCGUCAACAUGCACAAGCGACGAGACAACAUCGGCAACUUGUUUAGAAGCGUGGACAGGAGGAAGAAGGACGACGGCGGUGGCGAGAAGAGGCCAUCGGUACAUCCCGCGAUUCUGCAGCUCGGUUUCCAAAUCGCGGACGGCGCUGUUUCUGGAGCCAACGACCGAUGCGUGUAUAUGCUGGAGGCUUUGAAGAAACUCGCGCAGGACUUCGGAUCCACUGAGUCCCCUGAGUUGCACGAUGCUCGGGAACUGUCCCAGGAGUUCUUCUCCAAAAUGGACUUCAAUGUCGCUUUCCUGAAGGAGUGCCGGCCUCUCAGCGUAUCGAUGACCAAUGCUCUCCGACACAUUAAGCUCUCGAUGAGCGAGGACGAGUCGAUGAAGAACGCAAGCCAACUUGCGAGCACCAUUAUCGACAACAUCGAUGGCUUUCUUCAGAACGAGAUCACAUUAGCGAGGCGUGCCAUUGUCGAGAUAGCCAAAUCAAAAAUCCAUGAUGGUGAUGUCGUUCUCACCUAUGCCAGAUCGUCGGUGGUCCUGGAUAUUUUGACUACUUGUCAUGACGAAGGCAAACGAUUCUCGGUCGUGGUGGUGGACUCGAGGCCUGCUCUGAAAGGUCGAGAAACGCUGAAAACUCUGUGCCAGAAAGGGAUCCAUUGCAAAUAUGUCUUCAUCCAUUCGGUGUCCUACAUCAUGAAGGAAGUAACCAAAGUUCUCCUGAGCGCUGACACCCUUUUGGCUAACGGUUACGUGGCUUCGCGCGUAGGCAGCUCGCAGAUUUCCAUGAUCGCCCACAAGAUGAACGUACCUGUCCUGGUCUGCUGUGAAACGUACAAGUUUUCUGAUAAAGUACUUGCGGACUGUUUCGCCGGCAACGAGUUGGGUUCUCAGAGGGAAUUCCUACAGAAUCUCAGCGAAAAGCGGAAACAGCUCUUGUGCACAACUCUGUCGUCGACUGUGAGCCUUGUCGAUUUGACGUAUGACAUCACGCCACCAGAUUUCGUCACGAUGGUCGUUACGGAACGUGGAACUCUACCUUGCACAUCGGUUCCGGUAGUCCUUCGAGUGAGACAGAAUAUAAUCUAGGCAGAGAGAAUAAUGAGUUAACGGACGGCAGAGGCAUCAGCGUCAAUUAGGUAUAUUUGUUCGGUUGCGAAAAAAUUUAGCGAAAAUAUAUUUUCGAGAACAUUGUGUUGAUAACGCGGAGAGCGGCUGUACAGAAAGGUUGAGAGCGCGGGGAAGCGCUCGGGGACCUCCGUUUCACGGAGAACGAGUUGUUCUCUGAAGCUAUCCGGGAGAUCAGCACGCGGGAAUAAAACACUCAUACCCACGAA